AUGGCGCCUUUGCUCCCCGUCCCAGGGCCUCUUCGGGCUUGCCCGGGCGUCGCAGAUCUUCUGUCCCCCUCUCCCUGCGGCCCUGCGUCUUCGGCGUCCGCGGCGCCUCGUCUUGCUGCCGCGGCAGCCGCGUCUCCGUCACCCUCGCCUGCUCGCGGGCAUGAGCCGGUCGAGGACAGCGCCUCGGAUAUUGCCAUCCUUCGACAGUACAUCGACCUGUUUGAGCGCACAAACAGCUUGUCGCUUCCGGCAGACAAGCCCCCGACGUUUGCGUUUCUUCUCGCCGACGGCAGCUGCCUCGUGCCGCCCGCAGACGCCCGGGGCGCCGUGGGACUCUUGUCGGGCGCGGGCUUGGCGGGCUCCGGGUCUGAAGGCUCGGCGAAGGAGACUGGAGCCCAGGGCGACGGUGCGGGCGCGGCGCGCGGCGCCCGAGUCCCCGUGCCUGGCGGCGCGGGCCCGGAUGCCUCUCGAGCGCUUCAAGACACGCUCCGGUUUCGACUGCGGAGUACGCUGCAGCUGCUGCUUCUGCUCAGGCAGUCCGAAGUCCUCGGAUCGCGCUUGCACAGGUUUCUUUGUGCGCAGAGGGCGGCAAAGCAGCGGCGGCGAGCAAGCGGCGGAGAGACCCACGAGGGAGAGACAGACGCCUCCACAGAGGCAAAGGACUUCGAAAGUGCCGCGGUCGCAGAGGCUGCUAGCGGAUGGGCGGCAACUAGCGAACUCUCGGAGGGACAGGCUCUUCGGUGGAUCUUUGCGCGCUACCGCUCGGUGCAAGUUCUCGUCGCCCUUGAGGCCUGGUUGCAGUGGGAGGCGCGCUAUCAGGCGGCGGCACGCGGGCCCGCGGCGGCGGCUCCGCUGGAGAGCUGCCUACGCUCAGGCAGCGCGCAAACGGGCUUCAGAGAUUCCGCUGAGAGGCACCUGCAGGCCGCGGAGAUCGGCGCGGCGCUGCAGGAAAAAGGCUCGCGGCCUCCCGCACACCUCCGCGGGCCUUCCGCCUUCUACCAUGCGGACUGGCCGUAUAUGCUUCCGCUCUCGCCGAGCAGCCCCGCGGGCGCCUUGGGCUCCUGCGCGCCGCCGCUAGUCUCUGCGCGCGACGAGGCGGAGACGCGCGAGUUCUUCGCCGCAGUGUGGAGUCUGCUUCGCAUGGGACUGCCGCUCGAGGCCGAGAAGCUCGCCGUCGAGCGAGGCGCCGCGUGGCUGAUCGAGGUGAUUCGAGGUGAUGAGUCUUGGAUGGAGCCCUACGUAGCCGAUGACGUCGACAUGUCUGUGCGUAUCGCCGACGUCUUCACCGACCAGGAGCUGCGCCUCCUUUCAGACGCCAGCCCCAUUCUCAAGGCCUGCAUGUGGUCGAGCGGCUACUCGCUGCAACACGUCGCCCUGGCAGCGCGCGCGGGCGAGGACUCGCGCGCGGCUCUGCUGAGAGCAGAAGGCGCAGAAGGCGAAGCUGCGCGAGAACGCGACGACGACUCCUCCCUGUCGGCGCCGACUUCCUUCAAGGAUGCGGGUCUCGCUUCCGCGCUGGAGAAGCAGCAGCUGGGCUGGUAUGGCGAAGGCAAAAAGGGCAGGAGCCUUCUUAUUCAUGUCUGCCAGAAGAUCCUCGCCAAGCAGCAAGGUGAGCUCCUAGAGUCCGCCGCCUCGUCUUCGUGUGCAUUUCCGGCGUCGCCAGCCAGCCAGCCUGCGUCGGGGCUCGAAGGCGCCGCGGGCAAAGGCGCGGUUGGAGUCGCUGGCGGCCUCGGCGUCGGCGAGAGCCUGGCGUUGCGGGCGAAAGGCGGUUUCGUCAUGGAGGGCUUCGAACAGGCGAUUUAUGGCUACCUCUCUGGUUCUCUUGAGGCCAUGGAGAGCGUCUGUGGCGGCUGGGGAGACUGUCUCUUUGCGCUUGUCCGCGCCAUCAAGGCCAGCCUCAUCGAUGGGACUCUGCGGUGCCUGCGGUCGCACGAGCCGCACGGGCGCUUCGCGGGCGAGCCUCGCCGCGGCGGGUUUCUGCCACCCUCUACGUUCCGGAAGGGCCGUCUCUCGACUUUUUCGGCAUUUUCCGCUCCCUGCACCGCGCGGACGUCUGCCGCCCGCAGCGAAGGCCGCCUUUCCUCUCUCUCACCUCGAAAGAAGCGUCGCACGGGCGACGACCUGCUCGCGGCGUCCCUGUCACUGUCUCCCGAUCUUUUCUCCGCCUCCUGUGACGUCUCCAGGCAGGCCUCGCCCCUCAGCGCGGGGCCCGGGCGCGCCUCCGCCGGCGGGAAGGCGGCGGGCGGCGCCGCGACCGCGGACGGCGAGUCGACGCGCCGGCGGAAGCGAAAGAGCCUGCGGGAUCCUCUCCGCGCGCUCCUGACUGAGUUCCUGACGCCGCAGGGCGCGCAGUCGUCCGACCCCCUCCUCGAGAGUCGAGGAGGAGCCGAGCACAAGUCUGGCGAGGGCGGGCGAGGGCCUAGCGGCUAUGGGCUCCCGGACUGCGCAGAGGGCAGAGUCUGCUGCUGCGGGCGCGCGUGGAGCGAAGAAGAAGCGCGAGAAGGAGCCGCCAAGGGCGUGGCGCAUGCAGACUGCCUUCAGCAGCUGCGUGCGGACGGCCGAGUGGCUGGCGAGGACUCGGAAGGGGAUCGCGAGCUGGAGGUAGACAUGGAGGAGGCGCCAGACGACGACGCGUUCGCGCUGUGCGGCGAAGAAAAGUGCGCGCGACAAGUCGAUGAAGGCGUCCUCACGCUGCUCUUCAACAUCAUGAAUGAUCUACCUCUCUUUCUGCGUCGCUUCGUGCCCUCGGCGCACAGCCGGUCCCAGGUUGUUACGGAGGGCGCGGACGAGCUGCGUCUUCUGCAGCUGUUCCUUGUUUUCCACUUUCUGCAGCACUCUCCACGACCGCAUGAGGCACCCAUACUCUCCUCUCCUGGCCUCGCAGAUGCCGGCGAAGACGAGGAAGAAAAGAGUCUCUACGUCCAGUGCAUUCGAAAGCUCCUGCGGAAGACCUUCGGGCAAGGCAUCCGACUCGUGCUACCGCGGGCCGCGGACGAGCAACAAGGCGGGGACUGCGUCACUGUGUCGUGUCAGCCCUCCCUUCCGUUCCAAGAGUUCGUCGCCUUCUUCGUGGUUCUCCAGGCGGAUCUUCGGCGUCCUUUCCUCGCGUUUCCUUCGGCACGCGAUUCUCUCGAGGCGCCUCUGCUGACGCAGGGCCUCACGGUGAAAGACGUCAGCGCCCUCGUCGGGGGCUUCGUGUCGCAGCUGUUUCAGCAACUGGAGGUCGCGGACGUCCUGCGCCAAGCGAAAAUCGUGGAGCUCCUUCGCUACGUCUCCACGGGGUGCCGCAUAAAGCUCCUGUCAGACUGGCUGUGGCAGCGAUUUGCGGCGCGCGCCUGGGAGUCACCAGAUGGUCGAGAGCGCCUCGGCGCCUGCGUGGCCUGGACUGCCUCUCACUUCCCGCAGGAGGUGCUGCGCGUGGCGCUUCGCUGCGCCGAGCGCAGCUGGCGGAGUGCAGGCCCGCGGGUUCUCGCAGCGCCUGCCUUCGGGCGCGACUGCGGCAGGGACUCUUGGUCGGAGGCGGUGCGAGUCGAGCGAGAGGAAGAAGACUCGGGCGCAGAGGAGGAAGCCUCGUUCAAAGACAGACUCGAAGACGAGGAGAGCGGAGCCGACGAGGCCCGCCUGGCUCUCGACGAUUCGCGCGCGGAGGGGGCCCGCGAGCGUCUUCAGUUCUCGGUUUUCCUUCUUCUCUCCGUUUUCUCUCUCUUUUACCUGGACGCGCACUUCGAACGCCAAGCAAGCGAGCCACUCAAGCCCCUCCUCAGGAAUCCGCACGACUCCUCCUCGCUUCUGGCGCCUCUCUCUUCUGCCACUUCCUCGAAUCCUUCUUCAAUUUCGCGCACGCGUCCGCUGCUGCUUCUCGGUCUGUACUGCUUGUCCGUUAUCUGUCACCUGGGCCUCCUCGGUCUCUGCCUCGACUUCCGCAGUCUCCUCCGCCUCGCCCGCAACCUGCUGCGCGCCCCAGACGCCGGCGUCGGCGGGUCGGAGACACCUGGGCGCGCGGAGCUGAGCGCGCCCGCAGCUUCAUCGGCGGCGCCAGGCGACGAGAGCAACGGCGAAACGGUGGAGCAGAGAGAGAAGGAGGCAAGAAGAAAGUCGAGGCGAGUCGCUGGCGUCGGCGACUGGGUCAGGUUCGCUGUCGAGCCAGGCCUCGUGUCUCCUCUCCUCGAUCUGCUUAUUCACGAGUUGGAGGAGCACGGGGCAUCCGACGACGCGGGGGAAAAGAGCUCAAACAAGAGACAAGAAGGCGCGGAGGACAGGCCGCGUGGAUCCGAGGCGAGAGAGGAGGACACCACGCGUCUGCGUGCAGGAAGUGCACGAGACGCCGCCCUUUCAGCAGAAAAAGAAAAUCUCGAAAAAGCGCCUGAAGUGGACCAGCAGGAUAGCCUCGACGGCCGAAGCAGGCCGAGCACAGUCAGCUUCGUCUCCUGCGAUGAGCCGGCUGUGGCCUCGUCACGAGCGUCUUCUCUGCUUCCGAGCGUAGAUCCGAUAGAGAGAAUGCGCAGCGCCUUGGUCGGUGGUGCGCCUGUGCUCCGAUUGAGAGACAGCGCGCUGAUGCCGACAGCGCCUCUGCUUCAGUUCCACGAUCUGCUAAACGCGGCGUCUUUACACUGCGCCUUGAACAGGCGCUUCGGCGCUCUCUCUGCUGCCGCGGACGGGUCUCCCGAGAGAAGCGCCAGCCGGUUGGCUGCAGCGGGCCUCGGUCGCUCUGAGGACUCCAGUCCGUCUGUGCUGCAGGCCGCCGCCCGGCUCUUUGGCACUUCAGCGCUUGUCUCGCAGGCGUUCAGCGCGUCGUCGCUCGCACAUGUCUCGUCCAGCUCCCCCGCGGCCGCUCCUGCGGGCGCCGGCGACGUGUCCGCGUCGUUCGCGUUCUCUGCGGAGGGCUGCAAGCGUUUUUUUCCGCUCUUGGCUGACCGCCGCGGCGCCGAGGAGGCUGCGGCGCAGGGGGCUGUCGAGCUUGAGGCGCGGCUGCAGUUCGAGCAGCUUUCGCGGCGCAUUUCGGUGCUACGUGACCAGGCGGACGAGGCGCGGCUCCUCUCCGUCGCGGAGAAGGCUGGGCGCGUGCGGGCGCGGGUUGGCAUGCUGGCGAACCUGGAGGCGGAGCGACGGCAGCUGCAGAGGCACGCCGCCGUCGCCUCGCUCUUCAACGUCCCCGUCUUCCUCGAGGCUGCCCAAGACGCCGAAGAGACGCUGGAGUCUGCGCUCGCGUUCUCCUCCUGUCGGCGCUCGCCCUGUGCGCGCGAAGGGCGUGGCUGCGGAGAGCCUGGAGCUGCCGGCGCGCGCGGCGGCGGCGAAGAGGACGCCGCGUCGCGCGAGAGCCGCGGACCAUGUGCUGAGCGCUGGAGGGCGGCGGCGCGCGAAGAGAAGAAAGCGGAAAGACGCGCGCGCGAGACGCGCGUCCUCCUUCUGCUUCGCGAAGAGCUGCUGGGUCAGGCGCAGCAGCUCGUCCUCCUCGCAGAUCGCCUUCUCAAGAGGGAGGGGGCGGAUGCGCAGUUCAACGAAGAACUAGCGAGCGAGACAGGCCGCGAAAGACGCGUCGCCGGAGCGAGCGAACAGGCCGGAGGCGAAGAGACAGGCGCGGCGGACGAGGGCGGCCUCCAGGGCAACGAGGAGAGACGCGAGCAGCUCAGCAACUCCGCUGGCGUUGCGGUCUUCGCCUCAGAGGUCCUCAGCACCGCCGCGAGUCUUCCUCAAAGGGCGGAGGCGAUGCUCGAGGCGGCGCUGUCUCUAGGAGAUUUCCCAGUUUCAAACUAA